AUGGCUCCCAUUCGCGACGUGUCGACUCCGUCUGCUCCUGGUGCUGCUGGUGUGCAAGGGAAGAAGCUGUCGGAUGCACGUCUAGAUCCGGUGACUCCUAAGACGCUUUUCAACUGUGUGGCCGGCUCUUUCGGCGCUGAGAUGGUUAACAAGCUGGCGGAGCGUACGUCGGCCCUCAAGCUGGAUGAUCUGCCGGCGGGAGGGAAAGAAAGUGACAUGGUUAAGCCGACUGCUGCUGGAAGCUCGUCGUCGUCGCCUGAUGUGCUUGACAAAGGCAAAGCAAAGGCAGAGUUUAAGGACAAUGAGGACGGUUACCUCUGUGAUGAUCUGGACAAGUGUCAAGACCCGGAUGUGCUCAACGAAAUCGCUGCACAGGCGGGAUUCGCCAUUACCCUGCUGAUCCCGUUUGCAUGGAACAAGGAGGUUCCCCGCACCAUCAAUACGGUCCGACAUCUCCUGCUGGUGUGGGGGAAGCACUUGUCAGAGAACGUCAGGACCACGUCUGGUUCCCAGCAACUAUCGGCUACUUACCUGUCCAAGAAACAUUUUGGUCUGAUGCAGGUGGUCUUUCAGCAGGAGGCUGAUGCGAGUUUUGUGGUGGAGUAUGCUCAGUCACAGUGCCACUGCAAUGGUCUGCUCAAGGCGGGUGCUGCUACCCAGCAGAGCAGGGGAAAGCAGAACCUGGCAGAUGUCCGGAAGGAGUAUGGGAAGUAG